AAGGCCAUCUACGUGCUAGACAACCAGGCCAAGAACGCAGUCAUCGCCGUGCCCGUCGGGGCUGAUGGCUUUCUCGACACAGCAGCCGGGUCGACCACGCUGACGGGCGGCGCGGGGGCCAGCGCCAUCAACGCCGCAACCAACGAGUCGGCUGGGCCAGAUGCCCUCUUCAGCCAGUCUGCACUGGCAGUCUCUGGGAAUACCCUCUUCGCCGUCAAUCCAGGCUCCAACUCCCUAUCCAUGUUCACCAUCGACCCCCGAGACGCCACCAAGCUCACCCUCCUAGGCCAGCCCGUCCCCCUGCCCGGCGACUUCCCCAACACCGUCGCCGUCUCGGCCCAGAACAAGCUCGCCUGCGUCGGCCUGACGGGCGCCAGCGCCGGCAUCUCCUGCGUCUCGUUCGACGCCUCGUCCGGGUGCAGCGAGGCAGACGACCUGCGCGCCCUCGACCUGGGCCAGACCACGCCGCCUGUGGGGCCCACCAACACCGUGUCGCAGGUCUUCUUCUCGGCGGACGAGAGCACAUUGUUCGCCACGGUCAAGGGUAAUCCGGCAGUGAACAACACGGGGUUCCUCGCCUCGUAUGCCAUAACAAGCAACAAUACCGCCGGCCCCUCGGUGGCCGCCACAGGCCAGCAGAGUUCACCCCCGAACACGGCGAUGCUGUUCGGAGCCGCGACGAUCCCGGGUUCCACCACGAGCCUCUUCAUCGCAGACCCGUCCUUCGGCGCAGCAGUGAUUGGGGUGCAGCAACAGGAGAGCACCAAAGGUACGGGCCAGACCGUCCUCAGCACCAGCGCCGAGGCAGUGGUUCCAGGCCAAAAGGCCAUCUGCUGGCUGACCAUCAGUCCGGCGACGGGGACGGCGUUUCUGGCGGACGGAGGGCUCGACAGGCUCGUGGAGGUGUCGCCGGGGAACGCGACGAUCCUGGGAGAGAUUGACCUAAGUGCGAAUGGGGACCCGGGCCUGAUUGACAUUGGGGCGGCGGGGGUGUUUCUGUAUGCACUGAGCCCUGGGAACGGGACGACGGAUGCAGCUGUGACGGUGGUGAGCACGAAGACGAUGAGCCAGGUACAGCAUGCUGAUCUGAGUGGGCUGGGUGGGAGCAAGUCUGCGCAGGGGAUUGCGAUUUUG